UAUUAGUUUCUCUAAUCUAUGAACUGUACCUAAUUUUUUUAAAGUUUAGAACACGUUUUAAGAAUGUUUUCUUAGUUUAAACAGAUUUCAAUAAAUAUUUUUUUUUUGCAAUAAAUAAGUGUCUUGAACCGUUGCUCCUAGAACUUGGAUAUCCUUUUAGUAAAUACCAAGAACAUAAUGUCAAAAUGCAAAAAAUGUGAAGCUCCUGGGACAAUAGUCUUAAGGAAAAAAGACUUGUAUUGUGAUAGUUGUUUUUUAAAUAACAUCAACCAUAAAUUUCGUUCUGUAAUUGGCAAAAAUAAAAUACUUUCUAAGAAUGAAAAUAUUUUGUUGUGUUUAUCGGGCGGAACAGCAUCAACCACCUUAAUGGAUAUGGUUCAUUAUGGAAUAUCAUUAGAUAGCCAUAAAAAACUUAGAGUUAAUCCAUAUGCUCUUCACAUAAUAGGGCCAGGAAAUGAAGAUAAUGUGCAAGUAGCAAACUCAGUAAUUAAAUCAUGUAAACAUUAUGGUUUUGAUCUAUAUAUCAUACAUAUAGCAGAAUAUGUUCAUGAUUGUACUAGUCUCAUAAAGAAUGUUAAUGCUAUGCCAGAAACUGAUAGUAUUUCAUCAAAUACUUUCAAUGAGAUUCUAAAUGGUAUGCCGCCAACGGCACAAAAUGAUUUUAUAUUGAAAGUAAAGCAAAAUUUAUAUGUCAAAUGUGCUAAAGAGCUAUCUUGUAAAUUUAUUUUUACUGCUGAAACAACAACAACAUUAGCUAUUAAUUUGUUAUCAAACUUAACAGUUGGACGAGGAUCACAGGUUCAAAAUGACAUAGGCUUUUGUGAUAAAAGAGAUAAAGAAGUAACUAUAUUAAGACCAAUGAAGGAAAUUAGUAAAGAAGAAUUAAACCAAUACAUUUCUAUAAAAAAAAUAAUGCCUGUGCAUAAUUGUAAUAUGCUUGAUAAUAGUUUACAGUCAGUAAUAUCAACAUUUGUAACUGAUCUACAAGAGAAUUUUCAAUCAACUGUGUCAUCAGUUUGUAAGACUGCAGACAAAAUAGGUGUUCAUGAUGAUAGCAAAUAUGAUAGUAGAUGUGUCCUUUGUAAAAAUGUCUUCAAUAAUAGUGGAUCCAAAAUUUCUGCUCUUGAAGCAACUGUCUACUCUAGACUAGUUUCUUCAAAAAAAAGAGAAGAUAAUAAUGAAUUUCAUGACAAUAGUCUAAUAGAGCAAACAUCUUUAUCAAUGUUUCCUUACAUUAACAAAAACCUGUGCUAUGGCUGCAGUAGAAUAUACUCAGAAAUGACUCUAUGUGAUUUACCUGAUGUUGUAAAAGUUCAUUUACAAAUGUCAGACAAAUCAAAAUAGUUUAUUAACAGUUUAGUGAACCCUUUUUUGUAAUAUGGAAGUUACAAGAAUAAUGCGCGUGCAAGAUUCUUGGCAGAGGAACAACGACAAUAGAAUUACAAAAUAUGCAGGCGUUGCAGGUCAAAGGAUAAAUGAACCCGGCAGUAAAUAAAUCAAAUACAAUUAUUGUGAUGCUCUUACGCUAUUAUAUUAUUUAUAACACCAGAAAA